CGUUGAUGGUAUCAAAACCAAACCUUUUUAAACUCUGGACUCUUUUAUAGUUGUAGGACGACUGUUAACACCGUGGAAUUCUGGUGUACUAUUUCAAUUCUUGUGUAACUUUAGUUUUUCACUAUCAAUAUUCCGCCAAACCUUUACAUCUCUCGACAGUAAACUUGUAAUACAAGUUUAAAGGCCGUACAGACUCGGCUGCUGUAUAAUUAUAAAUUUUAAUUAUUUUCAUAGAGAAUGCAAACAGAAAUUAAUAAUCCCCCUAAUACUUUAAAUAUUGUUACUGAUCCCCUUGGGGUGAAGGCACAAGAAGAAUUUUUAGAUUUUCUACAAAACGCUACUAAUUCUGAAGAGAUGAACUUCCCUAAUCAAAAUAAUUCUCCUGUGUAUAUUUAUCGUGAACAACUUACUCUGUUAAAAAAGAGCGACAGAACAACUUUUAUUGUAGAGCUUGGGAAGCUUCGAGCUUAUAAUCGUUCCCUUUACGACCUCAUCCAAAGCGAAUAUUUUAGGCUGCUUCCUUUUAUCCACGCAGCCGCUACAGAAUUUGGUAACCAGCGCGGCGAAGAAAUUAUAGUUACGGAAGAAAGGCAUUAUUGGGUCAGCUUUUAUGAUUUAGAUCAAGAAGUUUUAAAAUUGCGCGAGUUAAACACCAAUAUUAUCGGAAAGCUUGUGGCUAUCAGAGGAACAGUUAUACGGACCUCGGAAAUCAGGCCAGAGCUUCUUUCGGGUCACUUUACUUGCCAGGUCUGCAACGCAAACAUUCCAUCCGUAACUCAACAGUUCCGGUACACCAGACCCGUUAUUUGCCCGAAUCCGAUCUGCUCUAAUAGAACAGAUUUUCAGCUCUCUGUAGAAAAGUCGAGGUUUGUAGAUUGGCAGCGUGUAAGGAUCCAGGAGCUUUCCAGUGAAAUUCCCUCGGGGAGUAUGCCGCGCAGUACGGAAGUUAUUUUUCGCCAUGAAGGCGUGGACCAAGCAAAGGCAGGGGAUAAAGUCACCUUGACAGGCACGCUCAUUGUUGUCCCUGACGUCCGGCAGAUGAGCAGAGGCCAAGGAGCGGGCCUGACAAAGGAUGGGUUGGGGAUCGAGGGCAUCACAGGCUUGAAAAUUUUAGGAUUGCGAGACUUAACGUACAAGUUGUGCUUCCUUGCCUGCACGACCCAAAACCAGGGAUGCGAGGAUGGACGUCGAGAUAUUCGCUCGAAAGAGACGAGGGAUAUGACAGUGCGGCAGUUCUCGCCAGAAGAGCGCGAGAGAAUCGUGGAGAUGUCCUACGACGAACGCAUCUACCAUCACAUGACCCUUAGCGUUUGUCCCACUAUCUAUGGCCAUGAGAUUAUCAAGCGAGGCAUCCUCUUGAUGCUGCUUGGCGGCGUUCAUAAGCAAACCCUCGAGCACACCAAAAUUCGCGGGGACAUAAAUAUCUGUAUCGUCGGCGAUCCCAGUACAGCCAAGUCGCAGUUUCUUAAGUAUGUGGCGGACUUUCUGCCGCGGGCGGUGUACACUUCCGGGAAGGCCUCCUCUGCCGCCGGGCUGACAGCGUCCGUCAAAAGGGACGAUGACACCAAUGAGUUUUGUAUCGAGGCGGGCGCGUUAAUGCUGGCCGACAACGGUAUCUGCUGCAUAGACGAGUUUGAUAAGAUGGACAUUAAAGACCAGGUGGCCAUCCACGAGGCCAUGGAGCAGCAAACUAUAUCAAUAGCAAAAGCCGGCAUCAAGGCCACGCUUAAUGCUGCUACUUCUAUUCUAGCUGCCUGUAACCCUAUUGGAGGACGCUACGACCAUUCCAAGACCCUGCGGGGCAACGUUCUAUUGAGUAGCGCCAUCAUGUCGAGGUUUGAUCUGUUUUUCGUGGUGACGGACCAGUGCAGCGAUGUGGCGGACUCUAAUAUUGCUAAUCACAUUGUUGCCUAUCACCAGUUGAAGCCCGACGCCAUACAAUUUCCAUAUACAAUGCGUGAAAUGCAAAACUACAUCAAGUAUGCACGAACUAUUGAUCCGGUGCUUACUAGUGAGGCAAAAGCGCUUCUCCCAGAAAUAUUUGUCAAACUUAGAGAAAAAUGCAAUAGCGGCUUUCCUGGUGAAAAAAGUUUCCCAAUAACCGUAAGGCAAUUAGAAAGUUUAAUACGUCUCUCUGAAGCUCUCGCUCGACUUCACUUGGACGAAAAUAUCAGACCAGCGUACGUGGAAAACGCUUAUCGGUUAAUAGACGAAUCAGUUCUCACAGUUGAAAGAGGAAGUGUUGAUCUGCGCCUCCAGAACUCUUCGGAAUAUACAGACUUGUACCACAAAGGCCAGCGAAGAAACAGACCUACCGACCUACUUAGCGGGGAAGAAGAGAAUGGAGGCGGCAACCAGCCGGAAAGCUUCACCAUAUCAUACGAGAAGUACAAGUCCGUUUUAGCCACCCUCAUGCAUGGACUGCGUCAAAAGCAAGACCGCGGAUUGGCUAUGGCAGAUGAACUAAAUCAAGAGUUCCACGGCGUGCCCAAAAGCGAGCUGCUCUCGUGGUACAUGAACGAGAUGGUCAACGAGGGACUGGAGAGGAGCGACGUCGACCACGCGCUCCGGAUAGCCGAUAUGAUCCUUCAUAGGCUGAUUCACAAGGAAAAUAUCAUUAUCGAGACUGAAGGCUACCGCGCUGAAGACGUGGCGGCGGGCUCGGCGGAUGGCGCAACAGACCCGGAAGGAGAGCGCCCCACUUAUCUCUGGGUCCACCCUAACUAUGUCCAGUAAAAACCACUAUAAUCCGCCACUUAAAUGGGGCAACAUAUGUUUUCGUGCUCGGCCUCUACCACAUCAUUUAGAGUGCGUGCCUCUUCAAGAA